AUGAACCGGCUGAGAAAUCUGUGGCUGGCGCGAAAACGCGAACCGACACAAACAGCUGAAGAACAAUCCGACUCACGCCUGGGACCAGAGGAAGAAAACUCAACAAGCUUUUCUCUUUUUCCCAAUUUGCCCCCAGAAAUAAGACUACAAAUCUGGAAUCUGGCCUUCGAGAUUUCUGCUGCCCAACACGACAGACUUGUCGAAAUAGUUCCCUACUAUACCAAGAAAGAAGAAUUAGGAUUUACGAUCCACACAUCACGAACCCCUCGAUUACUUGGUGUCAACAGAGAAGCGAGGUCAGAAUUACGAGGACGAUAUGUGAAUCCCUUUUCUAGUAGUAUAAAACUUGACGGUUCGAACGUUGAUUCUAGCCAUCCGAAGGCUGCGGCGGAGACACUACUUAUUGACCUCCAAAACGAUGUACUUUUCCUACAUCACAUUCCCCCGCAGCCCUCGCGCUCUUACCCGCGGGAUAUAACGGCGUACUUCAACAUCCUUUUCGGGCCGCAGAGCUCGCAUGGGAUGGAGAGUCUGAAGCACAUGAUCAUCCCGCGGAAGUUCUUUAAGAAGGAUUUUUGGAGGCAAGAGGGUAAAGGCGAUCCAACUCGGGGGAUGGUGUGGAUGAAUUUUCCUAAUCUGGAACGACUGGGAUUGUGUUAUGGGAUUCCGGAAUGGGAGACAAGGUGGAUUAAGGAGAUUGUGGAAGAUAAUGAAGAGGGGGUUGUGAGGUUGAAGAUUUGCCAUUUGGAGUGUGAGGAUGCGGAGGUUUCGCCUUGGGGAUUGAACACGGCAUGUGGUUGGAAAAGGGGAAGUAUUCGUUGGAGAAUACCAGCGUGA